CCUCAAGCGACAUCGUAACAGAAUCUGGUGUUCUGUCAAGAAGAUUUCGGACGUUUUAUCGGGGCCAAGGCUACCUCCUCUGUCAGUGGUUCCCUGAUCUCUAUCAACAUGUCUGUUAUUGUUGGAGCAGAAAUGGAUCCACAGAUCUGAUUGGUCCACAUAGCUGCUUAAAGAUGGAUUUCCCUCAAGAGGGAGAGGGUGCUGUCACUGGAAAUGAGACAGGCAGAGCAGCAUGUGCUGUGUCCAGCCACGUGUCCAUGAAGAAGGAGGAGCCCGUCACUGAUGGGCAUCAGGGGGUCAACACAGGAAGAGUGUUGUCUUAUCCAAGACCACAGACACACAGAGCAGUGUCUCCAGUGCCCAGCUGUAUGUCCAUGAAGAGUGAUUGGUCCAUGGAACACCCUAACAAUUUCAGCAGUGGACCACCACAGUCUGAUCAAAAACCACAGACACACAGACCAGUGUCUCCAGUGCCCAGCUGUGUGUCCAUGAAGAGUGAUUGGUCCAUGGAACACCCUAACAAUUUCAGCAGUGGACCACCACUGUCUGAUCCAAACCCACAGACACACAGACCAGUGUCUCCAGUGCCCAGCUGUGUGUCCAUGAAGAGUGAUUGGUCCAUGGAACACCCUAACAAUUUCAGCAGUGGACCACCACAGUCUGAUCAAAAACCACAGACACACAGACCAGUGUCUCCAGUGCCCAGCUGUAUGUCCAUGAAGAGUGAUUGGUCCAUGGAACACCCUAACAAUUUCAGCAGUGGACCACAGUCUGAUCAAAACCCACAGACACACAGACCAGUGUCUCCAGUGCCCAGCUGUGUGUCCAUGAAGAGUGAUUGGUCCAUGGAACACCCUAACAAUUUCAGCAGUGGACCACCACAGUCUGAUCAAAAGAACAUCCUGACCCAGGAUCAGUCCAGGUGUGGAGUGUGUGAGCAGCUGCUGAGGGACCCGGUCAUCGCCAGAUGUGGACACAGUUUCUGCAGGCAGUGCAUCAGCAGCUACUGGAGCCAAUCUGGUCCAUCAGGAGACUACAGCUGCCCCCAGUGCAGAAAGAGACCCAGAACACAACCCAUUACAAACCCUGACAUGACUCAACCACUGUACCCAUCUACAGACAUGGCACAACCUCACCUAAACCCACUAACAGAAAUUACAAAGCCCUCGAUACACUGUGAAAUGGCACAACCACCUGUGCAUCCACCUACAUCCAUGGCACAACCUCACCAAUACACACCUACAUCCAUGGCACAAUCAAUGUUAUGUUCACCUACAGCCAUGGCACAGCCUUCGUUGUACCAACACACUGAAAUGGCACUUCAUCUGAACCCAUCUGCAAACAUGGCACAAGUUCCUCCAUCCCCACACACAGACACGGGGCAGCGUCCUCAGUACUCAAACUCAGCCAUGGGGCAGCAUAAUCAUUAUACACACAUCCAGCACCCGCUUUAUCCACACAUCCAUACGGCACAGAUCUCUCCACAGCCUCCUGUAGAUGAGCACACAGUCAAGAGAGCCAGCACCCAUCUGCAAACGGAGCAUGUUCCAGUCAAAAGGGCCAAACUAACAGAUGACCAUGUCCUGACCAGAGUACUAAUGACCCAUAAAGCCAGUAUGAAGAGGAGGUUUGAGAACAUAUGUGAAGGCAUCAUGAGGUCAGGGACUCAAACACUGCUGAACAAGAUCUACACAGAGCUCUACAUCACAGAGGGAGAGAGUGAAGGGGUGAAUAAUGAGCAUGAGGUUUGGCAGGUCGAGUCAGCAUCCAGGCCACAAACUACAGAGGACACAGCAAUCAACUGUAAUGACAUCUUCAAGCCCUUACCUGGACAGGAGAGACAUAUCAAAACUGUCAUGACCAAGGGGAUUGCUGGCAUUGGAAAAACUGUCUCAGUACAGAAGUUCAUCCUUGACUGGGCAGAGGAGACAGCUAACCAGGAUGUAGAUUUCAUGUUUGUGCUUCCAUUCCGUGAGCUGAAUUUGGUCAAACAUGAUGAGUACAGUCUUCACAGACUCCUGCUUGACUUCCACCCUGAGCUUAAAGAGCUUCAAGAUGGUGAAUACAAAGACUGCCACAUUGUGUUCAUCUUUGAUGGUCUAGAUGAGAGUCGACUUCCACUGAAUUUCCAAGAAAACCAGAAGUUGUCUGAUGUGACACAAACAUCAUCAGUGGAUGUGCUGAUGACGAGUCUCAUUCAGGGAACUCUGCUUCCCUCUGCUCUCAUCUGGAUAACCUCCCGACCAGCAGCAACCAGUCAGAUCCCUUCUCAGUGCAUCAGUCAGGUGACAGAAGUACGAGGGUUCAAUGACCCACAGAAGGAAGAGUACUUCAGGAAGAGGAUCAGUGACCAGAAUCAAGCCAACAGAAUCGUCUCACACAUUAAGGAAUCCAGAAGUCUCCACAUCAUGUGCCACAUGCCAGUCUUCUGUUGGAUCUCAGCCACUGUUCUUCAGCAGAUACUGGAACAGGAUGAUGAGAAGGAAGCCCCCAAAACGCUGACUGAGAUGUUCAUACACUUUCUGCUCAUCCAGACCACCAGGAAGAGCCAGAAGUAUCAACAGGAAAGUGAGACAAAUAGACAGAGGCUCCUGGAGUCACACCAGGGUGUCAUAUUGAAACUGGCAGAGCUGGCUUUCAGGCAUCUGGAAAAUGGCAAUCUCAUGUUCUAUGAGGAAGACCUGAGAGAGUGUGGUAUUGAUGCCAGUGAAGCUUCAGUGUACUCUGGCAUGUGCACUGAGAUCUUCAGGGAAGAGUGUGUGUUUUUCCACAAGAAGGUCUACUGCUUUGUCCAUCUGAGCAUCCAGGAGUUUCUUGCUGCACUUCAUUUGUUUGCCUCCUACUUGAGUAAGAACAUGGAGGUCCUGAAACCAUUUCUUAAAAGAAAGUCCAUGUCUUUGACAGAUUGGCCUCUAGAUGAGCUGCUGAAGAAUGCAGUGAACAAAGCUUUGGAAAGCAAGAAUGGACACCUUGAUUUGUUUGUCCGCUUCCUUCAUGGCAUUUCUCUGGUGUCAAAUCAGAGACUUUUGCUUGGCCUCCUGACAGACACACACAGCAACCCAGAGAGUGUGAAGAAAACAAUCAAGAACCUGAAGAUAAUGCAGAGACCAAAUAUCUCCCCCGAGAGAUGCAUCAAUCUGUUCCACUGCCUGGUGGAAAUGCAUGACUCUUCUGUUCAUGAUGAAAUCCAGGCUUUCCUGAAGGCAGAGAAAGGUGCCGUGAAACAGCUCACACUGGCUCACUGCUCAGCCUUGGCUCAUGUGCUUCUGAUGUCUGAUGAGGUGCUGGAUGAGUUUGACCUGAAGAAAUACCAAACCUCUCCAGAAGGUCGCAGGAGACUGGUUCCAGCGGUGAGAUGCUGCAGGAAGGCUCUACUUGCUGACUGUAAGCUAACAGAGAAGUCCUGUGAGAUUGUGGCCUCAGCUCUGCAGUCUGCAAACUCCCCCUUAAGAGAGCUGGACCUGAGUCAGAAUGACCUGCAAAAUUCAGGAGAUAAGCUGUUCUCUGCCGUACAGAGUCCAAACUGCAAACUGGAGACUCUGAGACUUGUUGGCUGUAAACUAAAAGGACAAUUUCUGGCCAUGACUCUUCAGUGGGCAAACUCCCACCUAAGAGAGCUGGACAUCAGUGACAGUGAGCUUCAGGACUGUGGAGGAGAACUGCUCCAUCAACCACUGAAUCAAGACUGUAAAGUGAGACUCAUCAGCCGUGGACUCAAACACAGCUCCUGUGAGGUUGUGGUCUCAGUUUUGGGGUCAUGUAUUUCUCAACUGAGUGAGUUGGACAUGAGUGGCUGUGAUCUGCAAACAUCAGACGAGAAGAAGCUCUCUGGUCUUAGAAACCCAAACUGCCGACUGGAGAAACUGAGACUUGUUGGCUGUGAACUAAAAGGACAAUUUCUGGCCUCAAUUCUUCAGUGUGGAAACUCCCACCUAAGAGAGCUGGACAUCAGUGACAGUGAGCUUCAGGACUGUGGAGGAGAACUGCUCCAUCAACCACGGAAUCAAGACUGUAAAGUGAGACUCAUCAGCUGUAGACUCAAACACAGCUCUUCUGAGGUUGUGGUCUCAGUUCUGCAGUCAUAUAUUUCUCAACUGAGUAAGUUGGACAUGAGUGGCUGUGAUCUGCAAACAUCAGAAGAGAAGCUGCUCUCUGGUCUUAGAAACCCAAUCUGCCACCUGGAGAAAAUGAGACUGGUUGGCUGUAAACUGAGAGGAAGAUUUCUGGCCUUGACUCUUCAGUGGGCAAACUCCCACCUAAGAGAGCUGGACAUCAGUGACAGUGAGCUGCAGGACUGUGGAGGAGAACUGCUCCAUCAACCACUGAAUCAAGACUGUAAAGUGAGACUCAUCAGCAGUGGACUCAAAGGCAGCUCCUCUGAGGUUGUGGUCUCAGUUCUGCAGUCAAUUAUUUCUCAACUGAGUGAGUUGGACAUGAGGGACUGUGAUCUGCAAACAUCAGAAGAGAAGCUGCUCUCUGGUCUUAGAAACCCAAACUGCUACCUGGAGAAACUGAGACUUGUUGGCUGUAAACUGAGAGGAAGAUUUCUGGCCUUGACUCUUCAGUGGGCAAACUCCCACCUAAGAGAGCUGGACAUCAGUGACAGUGAGCUUCAGGACUGUGGAGGAGAACUGCUCCAUCAACCAAUGAAUCAAGACUGUAAAGUGAGACUCAUCAGCCGUGGACUCAAAGACAGCUCCUCUGAGGUUGUGGUCUCAGUUCUGCAGUCAUAUAUUUUUCAACUGAGUGAGUUGGACAUGAGUGGCUGUGAUCUGCAAACAUCAGAAGAGAAGCUGCUCUCUGGUCUUACAAACCCAAACUGCCACUUGGAGAAACUGAGAUGUGUUGGCUGUAAACUCACAGAUCAAUUUUGUGAGAUUGUGGCUUCGGUUCUGCAGUCAUCAAACUCCCUGAUGGAGCUGGACCUGAGUCACAAUAGCCUGGGAGAUCCUGGAGUUCAGCUCCUCUCUAAGGGACUGUCUAGUCCCCACUGUAAACUGCAGACAUUAAGGCUCAGUAAGUGUGGAAUCUCAGAUGAAGGUUAUGUUUUACUGGCUCUCACUCUGAUGUCAAACCCUUCCUGUGUGAAAGACCUGGAUGUGAGCAACAAUCAUCCUGGAGAAUCAGCACAGAAGCUGUUAUCUGCUACACUGGAAGAUCCUCACCGCAAAGUUGAAUCAAUUCAACUUGUUGGCUGUAAAAUGAGAGGAAGAUUUCUGGCCUUGAUUCUUCAGUGGGGAAACUCCCACCUAAGAGAGCUGGACAUCAGUGACAGUGAGCUGCAGGACUGUGAAGAAGAACUGUUCCAUCAACCACUGAAUCAAGACUGUAAAAUGAGGCUCAUCAGCCGUGGACUCAAACACAGCUCCUGUGAGGUUGUGGUCUCAGUUCUGCAGUCAUAUAUUUCUCAACUGAGUGAGUUGGACAUGAGUGGCUGUGAUCUGCAAACAUCAGAAGAGAAGCUGCUCUCUGGUCUUAGAAACCAAAACUGUCAACUAGAGAAAUUGAGACUUGUUGGCUGUAAAAUGAGAGGAAGAUUUUUGGCCUUGAUUCUUCAGUGUGGAAACUCCCACCUAAGAGAGCUGGACAUCAGUGACAGUGAGCUUCAGGACAGUGGAGGAGAACUGCUCCAUCAACCACUGAAUCAAGACUGUAAAGUGAGGCUCAUCAGCCGUGGACUCAAACACAGCUCCUGUGAGGUUGUGGUCUCAGUUCUGCUGUCAUAUAUUUCUCAACUGACUGAGUUGGACAUGAGUGGCUGUGAUCUGCAAACAUCAAACGAGAAGCUGCUCUCUGGUCUUAGAAACCCAAACUGUCGACUAGAGAAACUGAGACUUGUUGGCUGUAAAAUGAGAGGAAGAUUUUUGGCCUUGAUUCUUCAGUGUGGAAACUCCCACCUAAGAGAGCUGGACAUCAGUGACAGUGAGCUUCAGGACAGUGGAGGAGAACUGCUCCAUCAACCACUGAAUCAAGACUGUAAAGUGAGACUCAUCAGCUGUAGACUCAAACACAGCUCCUCUGAGGUUGUGGUCUCAGUUCUGCAGUCAUAUAUUUCUCAACUGAGUGAGUUGGACAUGAGUGGCUGUGAUCUGCAAACAUCAGGAGAGAAGCUGCUCUCUGGUCUUAGAAACCCAAACUGCCACCUGGAGAAGCUGAGGCUCAGUGAGUGUGGGAUUGCAGAUGGAGGUUAUGUUUGUCUGGCUCUCAGUCUGAUGUCAAACCCUUCCUGUGUGAAAGACCUGGAUGUGAGCAACAAUCAUCCUGGAGAAUCAGCACAGAAGCUGUUAUCUGCUACACUGGAAGAUCCUCACCGCAAAGUUGAAGCAAUUCAACUUGCUGGUUGUAAGCUAACAGAGGAAUCCUGUAAGGCUGUAGCCUCUGCUUUGCAGUCCUCCAUCUCCCUAAAGGAACUGGACCUGAGUCACAGUGACCUGAAGGAUUCUGGAUUUCAACUUCUCUCUACAGGACUCAGUAGCCCUCACUGUAAUCUGACAUCUUUAAGACUCAAUCUGUGCCACCUCUCUAAAGCAAGCUGUGAAAUGAUGGCAUCUGUGCUGCAAAGUGCACCUUCCCAUCUGAGAGCACUGGACAUGAGUGACAAUGACCUGCAGGAUGAAGGAGUGGAGCUGCUCUGUGCAGGACUUAGAGAUCCACAAUGCAAGCUGGAGACACUGAGACUGUCUGGUUGUCUCAUCACACAUGAGGGCUGUUCUCUCUUGUCCUCUGCCCUCAAAUCAAACCCCUCCUACCUGAAACAGCUGGAUCUGAGCUACAAUCACCCAGGAGACUCAGGUGUCAGAGAGCUCACAGACAGACUGAAUGAUCCCGGCUGUAAACUAGAGACGUUGAGGUAUGACCAUGGAGGAGAGUGCAGGAUUAAACCAGGACCCAGAAAAUAUGCCUGUGAGCUCACACUGGACCCAAACACAGCAUACAGAGAUCUCUCUCUCUCUGAGGGGAACAGAAAGGUGACAUUUGUGUAUCCGCAGCAGCAGUCGUAUCCUGACCACCCAGAGAGAUUUGACUCCUUCAGCUAUCAGGUGCUGUGUAGAGAGGGUCUGCCUGGACUCCACCCAGAGACAUGUGACAGUCUGGGUCAGAGUCUAGUCAGCACGGGCCAGUCUGGACGCUACUACUGGGAGGCUGAGUGGAGUGGAGGUACAGUUUAUAUAGCAGUGGCCUAUAAAAGCAUGGAGAGGAAAGGGGGCGGGGACAGCAGCAGGUUUGGAGGUAAUGCCAAGUCCUGGAGACUGAAGUGCUCUAGUAACAGUUACUCUGCCUAUCACAAUAAUAAGGAGACUGCCAUACCUGCCCCCUCCUCCCGCUCCAGCAGAGUAGGAGUGUACCUGGACUGGCCAGCAGGCACUCUGUCCUUCUACAGCGUCUCCUCUAACAUACUCACCCACCUGUACACGUUCCACUCCACAUUCACUGAGCCCCUCUAUCCUGGGUUUUGGACUCGAUCCUCAGUGUCCCUGUGCCAGAUCACAUGACCUCCUAAUCCUGCAGCAGAGGAGAGCCAUGUUCUGAUAUGCUUGAGAGUGAGAGGGAGGGAAGGGGAGUCCUUUCAUUUGAAUAAUAAAUAUGUAAUCUGUGAAUUGGUUAAAAUGUCUCUGGUUUGUGUAUAUAACAAAGGGGAACAGAAUGUAAUUCAUAG